CGUUCAAACUUGCUAAGUCACGUAUAAUUCUUAUGUGUAUAUAAAAGCGCACUUGACGCUCAUAGUCCAAAACUGAUACUACUUAGAGGAAGGUUAAGGCAAAUAUUUUAAAAAGAGGAAAGGGGGAUUGUAUUGAAGAUGGCCGACAGUGAUGAUUUGGCCACGGCCAUCCUCAAGAGAAAAGAACGACCAAACAGACUCCUUGUUGAAGAGGCAGUUAAUGAGGACAACUCUGUUGUUUCGCUCUCACAGAAAAAGAUGGAUGAAUUACAGUUGUUUCGAGGUGACACAGUGCUCUUGAAGGGUAAACGGAGGAGAGAAACUGUGUGUAUUGUUCUGUCAGAUGAUACUGUAGGAGAUGACAAGAUCAGAAUCAACAGAUGUGUCAGGAACAACCUGAGAGUGAGGCUUGGUGAUGUUGUCAGUAUCCAAGCAUGUCCAGAUGUGAAAUACGGAAAACGUAUUCAUGUUCUACCCAUCGAUGACACAGUAGAAGGUCUUACAGGAAACCUAUUUGAGGUUUAUCUGAAGCCUUAUUUCCUGGAAGCAUACAGGCCCAUCAAGAAGGGGGACAUCUUCCUUGUCCGAGGCGGUAUGAGAGCCGUUGAGUUCAAAGUGAUUGAGACAGACCCAUCCCCCUACUGUAUUGUAGCUCCAGACACAGUCAUCCACUGUGAAGGAGAGCCCGUCAAAAGAGAGGAAGAGGAAGAGGCUCUCCAUGAAGUUGGGUAUGAUGACAUUGGAGGUUGUCGCAAACAGCUGGCUCAGAUCAAGGAGAUGGUUGAACUCCCACUCAGGCACCCACAACUCUUCAAAGCUAUUGGUGUCAAGCCACCCAGAGGUAUUCUGUUGUAUGGACCUCCAGGAACUGGUAAAACACUCAUUGCCAGAGCUGUUGCUAAUGAAACAGGAGCCUUCUUUUUCCUCAUAAAUGGCCCUGAAAUCAUGAGUAAGCUGGCUGGUGAGUCUGAAAGUAACUUGAGGAAAGCUUUUGAAGAAGCUGAAAAAAAUUCUCCAGCCAUAAUCUUCAUUGAUGAACUUGACGCCAUUGCCCCAAAGAGAGAAAAGACACACGGUGAGGUAGAGAGACGUAUUGUGUCCCAGCUGUUGACAUUGAUGGAUGGUCUGAAACAGCGAUCUCAUGUCAUCGUCAUGGCAGCAACAAACAGGCCCAACAGCAUUGAUCCUGCUCUUAGAAGAUUUGGUCGUUUUGAUCGUGAAGUUGACAUUGGAAUCCCAGAUGCCACCGGACGUCUUGAGAUUUUGAGAAUCCACACAAAGAACAUGAAGCUUGGAGACGAUGUGGAUCUUGAACAGAUAGCCCAGGAGACUCACGGCCAUGUUGGAGCUGAUCUGGCUGCCCUGUGUUCCGAGGCUGCCCUUCAGCAAAUCCGAGAGAAGAUGGACCUCAUUGAUCUGGAGGAUGAAACAAUUGAUGCUGAGGUCCUCGAUUCCCUUGCAGUCACCAUGGAGAACUUCAGGUGGGCUUUGAGCAAGAGCAACCCAAGUGCCCUCAGAGAGACAUCAGUGGAGGUGCCAAACGUCAGUUGGGAAGACAUUGGAGGUCUGGAGAGUGUGAAGAGAGAGCUUCAGGAACUUGUACAGUACCCUGUUGAGCAUCCGGAGAAGUUCCUCAAGUUUGGCAUGACCCCGUCCAAGGGUGUUCUGUUCUAUGGCCCUCCUGGAUGUGGUAAGACACUGUUGGCCAAGGCUAUCGCCAAUGAAUGUCAAGCCAAUUUCAUCUCCAUCAAGGGACCUGAGCUGCUCACUAUGUGGUUUGGAGAGUCAGAAGCAAAUGUCAGAGACAUCUUCGACAAGGCAAGAUCUGCAGCUCCCUGUGUACUGUUCUUCGAUGAGUUGGAUUCCAUAGCCAAGGCUCGAGGUGGCAAUGUUGGUGAUGGAGGUGGUGCUGCCGACAGAGUUAUCAACCAGCUCCUGACAGAAAUGGAUGGUAUGAGUGCAAAAAAAAAUGUCUUCAUCAUUGGAGCAACAAACAGACCUGACAUCAUAGAUCCUGCCAUUCUUCGACCUGGCCGUCUUGAUCAGCUCAUCUACAUUCCUCUCCCAGACGACAAGUCAAGGAUUUCAAUCCUCAAGGCAAAUCUCAGAAAAUCACCAGUGUCAAAGGAUGUUGAAUUGGAUUACCUAGCUAAGGUGACCCAUGGCUUCAGUGGUGCUGACUUGACAGAAAUCUGCCAGCGAGCGUGUAAGCUGGCCAUCCGAGACUCGAUCCAGGCUGAGAUCAGGAUGGAGAGACAGAGGGCAGCAAACCCAGAGGCUGAUAUGGAGGUUGAGGAGUUUGACCCAGUGCCAGAGAUCACAAGAGCUCACUUUGAAGAGUCCAUGAAGUUUGCCAGGAGAUCAGUCAGUGACAAUGACAUCAGGAAAUAUGAAAUGUUCGCACAAACAUUGCAACAGAGUCGGGGAUUUGGAGGUGGUUUCAGAUUCCCAGGUCAGACAGGCCCCAGUCAAGGCCCGAGUCAAGGUGGUCAGGAUGGGGGCAACUUUCAGCAGGAGGAUGACGAUGACUUGUACAGCUAAACUUGACAGACAUACCCACGGACUAACUGACUAACUGUUCUGCUGGUCAUUGAGGCGGUGGCAGUGGCAUUGUACAGUUUGUCUAGUUAACACUAAACUUGUUAGGAUGUAUCAUACACAGUUUGAUUUCUCUCAGCAAUUUAUUUGUGUACAACAAAAUUCAUUUCAUUGUCAGUGUAUGUCCUCAAAGCUUUUCAUCCCAUCCCUCUGUAGUCAAUUCACAAAAUAACUUCAACCUCUUAUUUCAUUGUUUUCGACAGAAGAAUUUCAUAUUCUUGUGUCCUAAAUGUUGAAUGAUGUAAAAUAAUAUUUUGCAUUCAUGUAGUCAAUCACUAAAUGUUAAGGAACAUAUUUGUCGUGUUUGCAAGCUUAAAAACUGUGGAAUAGAUUUUACUAUACAGACAUCAAGCUUGAAAUUUGGCAGUGGAAGAACUAAAUUCACAUAGACUUGUUAGUAUUUAUGUCUUGAACAUUGCUUUGUAAGUGCUGUUUUUAUAAUAUGUUUUGUUUAUUUAUGCAUAUUUUAAAAUAGUGAAGACAUAUUUAAUGGAAGCAAAAACAACACAAUGUGGGAUAGUUCUUGUUUUACUGAAGCUGAUUCUUUAAGAUUCGGCAUCAAGAUCACGUUUCUCUCCAAUGCUGUGUCAACACAUACACUCAUGAUGAUUUAUCAAAAUGUUGUUUCCCCGGAUAUGUGUGAACAGUGACCAGGAAGUUAACUGUUUUGUCUGGCAAUUGAAGGUGUCAAGGAUGCCAUCGGAACUGAAAGCAAAGGCUCUGGUUGUUGAUCAAAGGAAAAUCUCUGUAACAUAAAUGAAGCAACUUCUUGUCAAUAAAGAACAAUCAUCAAAAA